ACCCCACAUAUCCGUGUGUACCGUCGGUGGCCAAUUGCAUUUGUGUAACCACUCCGUCGACUAAAAACAGGGGAGUUUUCCGAUUGUUCUUUUGCAGCAACUGCACGCUAAUCGAAAUGUCGCGCGGAAGUAGUGCCGGAUUCGAUCGUCACAUUACGAUCUUCUCGCCGGAGGGACGUCUUUACCAAGUCGAAUAUGCUUUCAAAGCAAUCAAUCAGGAGGGCCUGACUUCGAUCGCACUGAAGGGUAAAGAUGUUGCUGUGGUGGCCACGCAAAAGAAGAUCCCGGACAAGCUGAUCGAUCCCACCACGGUUACCCAUCUCUACCGUAUUACUCGUGAGAUUGGUUGUGUUAUGACCGGACGCAUAGCAGACAGCAAGUCCCAGGUCCAGCGUGCCCGGUAUGAAGCGGCCAACUGGCUGUACAAGUACGGAUACGAGAUUCCGGUCGAUGUACUGUGCCGUCGAAUGGCGGACAUAUCGCAGGUGUACACCCAAAAUGCCGAAAUGCGUCCGCUCGGUUGCAGCAUUGUGAUGAUUGCUUACGAUCCGGAGAACGGACCCGUCGUCUACAAGACCGAUCCGGCCGGAUACUACUGCGGAUACCGAGCGAUCUCCGUUGGUGUGAAGCAGACUGAGGCCAACAGCUAUCUGGAGAAGAAACUCAAACGGAAGGCCGACUACGGCGAGGAAGAAUCGAUUCAACUCGCAAUCACCUGCCUGUCGACGGUACUGGCCGUCGAUUUUAAGCCCACGGAAAUAGAAAUUGGCCUGGUGACGAAGGACAAGCCGGAAUUCCGCACCCUAACCGAGGAGGAAAUCGAAGUACACCUGACGGCGAUCGCCGAGAAGGACUAAGCCACGCACUGCCUUUUCCGUGGGCUUUCUUUGGUCGGUUGCAGGGUUUCUUUCACUUCACAAGCAUUAUUACACAUUCGAAAAAUAAACAAGAAUUGUACG